AUGGGCAGAGCGAUGGUGGCCAGGCUUGGGCUGGGGCUGCUGCUCCUGGCGCUCCUCCUCCCCACGCAGAUUUACUCAAAUCAAACAACUGCCAUAGCACUUUCAAAUAACUCCUCCCACUAUACCUCGGCUGCCACAAAUCCUGCCACAAAUCCUGCCACAAAUCCGCCUAACGCCACCACCAAGGGAAGUGGAGGUCCCCUGCAGUGUACAGCCAGUCUCCUCAUGGUUUUGCUCUCCCUUCUACAUCUCUACUGUUAA